AUCUCGGAAAAAACUUACUUUUUGAUAGACAUCUGUUCCAUACGAUAAAUCAAAUAAUAGCUAUAAAUCCAGCACUGUUUGAUUUGAGAUCAGUCUGGAAUGAAUGAGAAAAUGCAAAAAGUCAUUGCUUCAUUGAUUUUCCUGUGGUAUUUGACUUCAACGGUACCUGGCAGCAAUGCCUCAUUACCAGUGAUGUUGAACAUCCAUGGAGGAACAUUCAUACAUGGUGCAGCUUCUCCUGGUUUCUAUGGUCCUCAAUUCAUGAUCGAGCAAAAUGUCAUAGUAGUGACUAUAAAUUAUAGACUUGGACCGUUUGGAUUUUUGUCUACUGGUGAUAAAGUCAUGCCAGGCAACAUGGGUUUGAAGGACCAACAAUUUGCCCUCAAAUGGGUCCAACAAAAUAUACAUCUGUUCGGUGGAGACCCCAAAAAGGUGAUCGUUAUGGGUCAAAGCGCUGGGUCAGCUUCAGUGACUUAUCACCUGAUAAGUAAAUCAUCUGCAGGUUUGAGUGGUUCUGCUCUGAAUACUUGGGCCCACGAUCCAAAUGCCGUGAAUAAAACGUAUGGGAUUGCAGCCGAAAUCGAUCCUAGUUUCAGCAGGAACCGUACAACACAAGAGUUGAUGGACUUUUUGCAGAGUGUUGAUGAAAAAAGUUGGAACAAAACUGCCUCUGCUUACGACAAGGACUUGCAAAAAUUGGUCGACCCUGAUAUGUACAUCACAGAUGCAACUAUUCUGGAGAAAGCUUCUGCCGAAAUAAAAGCAAUAUAUACCAAUGAUACUCUUCGAGAAGAUAUUGGUGCCUUCACACAGUAUUUUGGUGAUAAUAGAUACAUGAGAGCUCCAAUCAAGUAUGCCAAACUACAUUCCCAGUACGCCGACGUGUACUUCUAUCAGUUUUCAUAUCAUGGAAUAAUGGGUAACAACAACUUUACUAUAGACGGUAUUGGAAGAGUGGGCCAUGCUGAAGACAUGCGCUAUUUAUGGUCCAAUUAUGAAAGUUAUGAAUCAUUUCCAGAAUCAGACUUGAGAACUCUUGAUCGCUAUGUUGGAUUGCUGACGAACUUUGCGAAAUUUUUGAACCCUACUCCUGAGAAAUCGGAACUGUUUGGAUUUCUGUCUACUGGUGAUAAAGUCAUGCCAGGCAACAUGGGUUUGAAGGACCAACAAUUUGCCCUCAAAUGGGUCCAACAAAAUAUACAUUUGUUCGGUGGAGACCCCAAAAAGGUGAUCGUUAUGGGGCAAAGUGCUGGGUCAGCUUCAGUGACUUAUCAUCUGAUAAGUAAAUCAUCUGCAGAAGAAAGUUGGGAGAAAACUGCCUCUGCUUACGACAAGGAUUUGCGAAAAUUGGUAGACCCUGAUAUGUACAUCACAGAUGCCACUAUUCUGGAGAAAACAUCUGCCGAAAUAAAAGCAAUAUAUACCAAUGAUACUCUUCGACAAGAUAUUGGUGCCUUCACACAGUAUUUUGGUGAUAAUAGAUACAUGAGAGCUCCAAUCAAGUAUGCUAAACUACAUUCCCAGUACGCCGAUGUGUACUUCUAUCAGUUUUCAUAUCAUGGAAUAAUGGGUAACAACAACUUUACUAUUGACGGUAUUGGAAGAGUGGGCCAUGCUGAAGACCUGCGCUAUUUAUGGUCCAAUUAUAAGAGUUAUGAAUCAUUUCCAGAAUCAGACAUGAGAACUCUUGAUCGCUAUGUUGGAUUGCUGACGAACUUUGCGAAAUUUUUGAACCCUACUCCUGAAAAUUCGGAACUGUUUGGUAACAAUAUAUGGCCAAAAGUUACCAGUGAACACUAUCGAUACUUGGACAUCGAUCGAAACAUAACCAUUCAAGAAAACCCACGAAAAUUUUCGUAUGGAAAGUGGGAGGAUAUUUUUGAAAAAUAUGCUACGAAGCCAUUGAUAUCUUUCUGAAUAUUUCAAUGAAACCAAUUAUUAUAGAAAUAUGUUGGAUGUUCAGGUACAUCAUCAACACUUGUGGAGUCAAUUUGAAAUAAAACUGAUGGAACCAGCAGCAUAAUUUCAAAUAAAUAACUUCAACUAUUAUCACUCAUUCUCAUUUGAGAUAUCACAAAAAUGUUCAGGUUUAUCUAGCACCUCA